UGUAUUUAAAAUGUUUGUUUACUCUAUACGAUUAAAUACAAGUUUAAAAUUUAAAAUUUUGUAAUUUUGGUGAAAUUUUGAGAAAACUAUUCGAUCAAAUGAGUGAAAAAAGGAAUGUGCCAAGCUACGUUCGAUUUGGAAUUGCAGGUUUAAGUGGGAUGGGAGCAACUUUGUUUGUGCAACCGUUAGACUUGUUGAAAACUCGUAUGCAGUUGAGUGGCGAGGGAGGAAAUCAACGAGACCACAAGUCUUCUUUGCACGCUCUGAGAACCAUCGUUAGACAAGAAGGUGUGCUCGGACUGUACUCUGGUUUGACGGCCAAUCUGUUCAGGCAGGCGACCUACACAACCUGCCGAAUGGGGAUAUAUCAAGUCACAUUGGAUAGCUUGAAAAAGUAUGGUUACCAAGAAAAUCUGCCUACUCAGAUAGUAGCUGGGCUCGUCGGUGGCUUUGCAGCUGCCUUUGUAGCCACACCAUCAGAUGUGGCUCUAGUGCGAAUGACAGCCGAUGGGCGCCUACCCGCAUAUGAGCGGCGGAAUUACAAGAAUAUAUUCGAUGCUUUGAGACGAAUUGCCCUAGAGGAGGGUAGGAAGGGUGUGUUUGCUGGACUUCAACCUACAAUUCUUCGGGCAAUGGUGGCAAACACGGCACAACUAGUUAGUUACAGCCAGGCAAAACAGAUUCUCCUAAGUAAUGGAUACUUCGGAGACAAUAUCAAGUGCCAUUUUGUGAGCAGCCUUUUUUCGGGCCUUGUAUAUGCGACCACAACAUGCCCUUUGGACGUCGCAAAGACCAGGAUGCAGUAUAUGCAGACAACGACGGGAGAUGUGAUGUAUAACAACAUAGGAGACGCAUUGGCCAAAACAGUCCAGAAAGAGGGUGUGACCGCCCUGUGGAAGGGGUUCGGUCCUCUCUACACACGCUGCGCACCCCACACUGUCCUGCUCUUGAUAUUCUCCGAACAGCUUACCUCUUUAUACUCUCACCACAUUGUUGACAAUAAUUAAAGCUAUCUGUAUCAGUGUACUGUACUCCUAAUACUCCUGCUUACAAAAACUUAUGUAAUGUGCACAUUAUGUCCAAAUUGUUUAUGAGUGCAAGCAAAUGAAUUAAAAAUAGACAAAUAGACAAAUAGAAACCAACAAGGACGGCAUAUUUUGUAUUUAUUUU